AUAAAAUUAUCUUCACUUUUCUAUAUAGAGGUAUGCUUACUCAACGGCCUCGAUUACUUGGGUCGAUAGUGUAAUUUUGGGUCCAAACAACAUGUUUCUCGGAUUUGAAACUCUCAUGUUCUCUGAAAUAUUGUAAUAGUCUCGAAACUUUCGCUUCCCCUCAAUAUUAAUAAAUUUAAAAAUAAAAACAUGAAAAAAAACAAGAGAAUGUUGCAAAUUGUUGAGGAUUUCAGCUAAUAAAAAGCGACAGGGACUCUGUGGUGAUUAGCCCAGUAAUACACAAACACAAAUGGAUAGGGUUCAAACGUGGGUUAAUUAAGUCAAAAUGAUACGUACAUAUUUGUGACGGGCCAGCAGUGGCACAGCAGCAACGUAAACGAGAAAGAAGCGUAAGAAGCAAGGACCUCUGGCUCUUAUUCGUUGUCACAUGCAUGGCAGAAACACACAGACAGAUCUUAAUGGGACGGCGGCAGUGAAUCCAAGUGACUUGUUUCCCCAACCCUCCGCCCCACAAACUCUCUUCUCUCUCUUUAUCUCGCUUCAACCAGUCAGUCAGUGGUUCCUUCCCAUCAAAGUCUUCUCGACAUAUAUAUAUAACCCCAAAUCCAAUCCUACCAUAAUUCUCACUGGAGCACUACUACUAUUAUUAUUACGUAUCUAUCAACUGAUUACUUCCUCGGUUUAUUGGGCACGCAAAAGAUCCUGCGAAAACUCUAGAUCAGUAGUAGAAAUACAAAGCGAGCUUAAGGAUGUUGGACUGGGGCCCGGUUUUCGUGGCGGUGGUGCUGUUCGUUUUGUUAUCUCCGGGCUUGCUGUUCCAGUUGCCCGGCCGCCAUGGCUUUGUGGAGUUUGGCAGCUUCCACACAAGCGGUGCAGCCAUCAUGAUUCACUCCCUCCUCUACUUUGGUCUCAUUUGUGUCUUUUUGUUGGCCAUCAAGGUUCAUUUUUACCUUGGUUAACUAAAAUUCUUAAGUUACUCCACCUCCUGUGUACCGAUCGAGGUAAAAAUGGACACAAUCUGAACAAUGUGAUCAACUUUUGUUUCAUCGAUAUUCUGUGUUACUUCAUGAAUUUGUAACAUUUCAACUACAAAUGUUUUGGGAUUUUUCAGCAAUAAUAUGUAAGUUUUUGGCGGCUUUGAUUAAUUGAUGA